AUGGCGACAACGCCGACCGAGAUCGUCGUAAGCGGAACCUCCGUCACCCUUCUUCCACUCCCGACUCCCUGGCCACAACCACCCGAAUGCUCUACGUUCAUGUAUCGGCAACUCGAAGGGACUCUCCUCGCCUGGGAUCCCGUGUACGGCAUCUCCUUUGCGGACGCUGCUCGCACAUGCUUUCCACCUCAGGUCACUUCGUGGAGAUUUCAGCAGGCGACUGGCACGGUCUUCACGGCGCUGGGCCCGACCUUUGCGUGUCCGGAGGCGUACAAACCAGUUCAGACGCUUCUCGUCGAGGAAAAUAUCCAGGAGAUAUUCUGCUGUCCCACGUCAUACAGGCUUCUAGUGGCACAACCGAUCUCGCCAGAGUUCCCGUCCCAAUGUAUAAGCACAGCGACACGCGGACAGAUUUUAAUCUUCCUUAAUUUCGGCUUGGUAUCACCAUCGGAAAUUACAGCCGCGACCACUGUCUCGACGGUGGCAGAGGACAGGGUCACAAUAUUCGCCGGGCCCGUGAACGGCUUCAACGUCGGGAGUCAGGUGACGAGCACAGGAGGACAGGACGACACUAAUACCAGCAUUCCCGAACCCGCAGGCGAAGCACCCAGCGAACUCUCCAAGGAGACGCCAGGGUCAGGUCCGUCGCUAGGAUUAAGCGUUGGAGUGUCCAUUGGUACUGUGCUGGGGUUGAUCCUCGUUGGACUUGGGGCGUGGUUGUUCUGGAGGAAAAGGAGACGCAGACAUGCGACCAAGCAGAUUCCCUCCGGGGAAUCGUGGAACAGCAGUGCCGUAAUGCCCGUAGCGACUGGACAAGAGAUUCAGUGGACGGGAUGGACGCCGAAGGCCGAAUUGCCGGACCAGUCGCAGAAAGUGCACGAAUUAUAUGGAAACGGUUAG